CACAAGGGGGCUCCCCAUUCAGCAUUCAGGCACAGAGGAGCUCACAUCACUGUGGGAAGGGGCAGAUUUGGUACAAACCCACGAGUGGCUGUGGCAUUGGGAUGCUUGGAUAUACCCAAGGGAUGGAGCAUCUCUAUAGCAACUACUUCUCUCCCACUGACCCCCUAAUGGGCUUCCCUUCUGCCCUGGGCUCCCUCAUGGGAAUGGGGUUCCCUCCUGUACAGCACAAUCCAGUACAGCCGGCUAAUGGGAAAGCAGAUAUUAAGGCUGGGGAUACUGGAGCCAAUCAGACAGCACAGCACAAGGAAGCCACCAAUCAGCAGAAGGUUUCCCCCACACCGACGUCCAAUCGCAGGAAGAGAACUGUGUACAGCCCCUCAGAUCUGGCCCAACUGGAGCAGUACUUCAGAGCUAAUAUGUACCCAGACAUCCACCAGCGGGAGGAACUGGCCGGGCAGAUGGGCUUGCCCGAGUCUCGCAUUCAGGUUUGGUUCCAGAACAGGAGGUCAAAAGCCAAACGCCAAGGAUCCAGAUCUACCAAGCCGGCUGCUAUGGGGGAUUACUAUAACAGCCCCCCAAUGUACAACCCGGCACCUACAGCCAAUGGCACAAUCCCCGUAGCCCAACAACAGCGGGUUGUUCCCUACCAGCAGCAGGUCCAGCCAUUGGCCACUCUACACUAUGGCUUCCACCCAAACGUCUCCAUGCAAGGAACCAAUCAGAGCAGGAUGUAUUCAUCAGCACCAGCUCCCCAUCUCUCAGGGAAGGGGUCUCAUCAGCACCCAAUGGCUUUUCCACAGCAACAAGUCCAACCCAUUAUGGAUUUACAGCAGAAUUACUUCCAUUUGCCCCAGGACCUCCUGUCUUACCCUGAAUCCCCAUGGGCUGCCCCCAGCCAGAGGCUCCCAGUACAUCCGACAGCAUCUAGUACCUACCCCCACAGUGACCUGCCCAGUAAGCCCAUUACAAGCCACAGCACUAAGGGUAUGAGCCCUGGCAAGGAGACUGAGAGAGACCUCGGUGGGAGACAGAGCCAAGUGUCCGUGCAUUCUAACCUCAUGUUGGACUUCCCCCCUAACAAGACCAUCACCCCCGAGAUGAACACCAUCAUCCCACAGAUCCCAGGGGCUACAGGCUGGAGCAGCCAGGGGGGUACCAAUGCCUACCCUACAUGGGGGGCACUGCCCAGGGCAGGGUGUAGCCCCUACAGAGAGGGUUCUCCUGCCUCAGACUCAGGAGUCAGUGACACAGCUACAGAGUCAGUCUCAGACUGGGAAGAGAACAUUAUAAGAACUCUCUUCUGAAUACUCAGAGACUGUGCAGCAAAUAUGGAACCUUCAGCAUUUUAUAGAGAGAUGUGGGGCCGGACCCUGGGUACCACUCCGGGGGGCAUAGAACUGGGGGGCCACAGCUUGUAAUAGAACUCACACACUAAGGCACUUGGACACUUCUAUGGGACACAGACUGGAAAAGCUACAUUUAUAUUUAAUCGCUACAUGACUGAUGAAUGUUAAUUUAAUUGCACUAAUAAAGUUUCUAUAGUUUUUGGUAAAAGAGA